GGAGCCUGGCUGGGGAUGCUGCGCUGCGCUGCUGUGCUGUUGCCUCUUCUGCCUGCGGCUGCGAGUGGAAUCAUGUGGAGCUGCAGGAAGUGCAGGCAGAGGGGCGCCCAUGGCCUGCUGGGAGAUGUAGUCUCUGCGGGUUACUAAGGGUAUGAGGAGACAUUAGACAGCGGACUGUAUUUCCCAACAGGCACCGCGGCCGUCACUUUGCUCGAUCGGAUCUGUGUGCAUACAUUUAUAUCUAUUGUACUGUAUUUCACACAUACACAUUUGAGUGGACGUUUGGUUGAAGAGUGCAGAGUAUGGGUGAUGAGCAGGAGAUUAUGUGCAAGCUGGAGAGCAUCAAAGAGAUCAGGAACAAGACUCUUCAGAUGGAGAAGAUAAAGGCUCGUCUGAAAUCAGAAUUUGAGUCCUUGGAAUCUGAGGAGCGACACCUGAAAGAGUACAAACAAGAAAUGGACCUUUUGCUUCAGGAGAAGAUGGCCCACGUGGAAGAGCUGAGACUUAUCCAUGCUGAUAUUAAUGUGAUGGAAAACACUAUCAAACAGUCUGAGAAUGACUUGAACAAACUGCUGGAAUCUACACGCCGACUGCACGAUGAGUACAAGCCUCUGAAAGAGCAUGUCGAUGCCUUGAGAAUGACCCUAGGACUGCAGAGACUGCCAGACCUGUGUGAAGAGGAGGAAAAGUUAUCUCUGGACUACUUUGAAAAACAGAAAGCUGAGUGGCAAACAGAGCCUCAGGAACCACCUAUACCAGAAUCCUUGGCGGCGGCAGCAGCAGCAGCACAGCAGCUACAAGUUGCCAGAAAGCAGGAUACCAGACAGACAGCCACAUUCCGGCAGCAGCCGCCUCCCAUGAAGGCCUGCUUGUCUUGUCACCAGCAGAUCCACCGCAAUGCACCCAUCUGCCCUCUCUGCAAAGCAAAGAGUCGAUCUCGAAAUCCAAAAAAGCCGAAACGGAAACAGGAUGAAUAGAACAGUCUAAUCCCUUUAUAAACCUGAAAGACCCUUUUUCCCUGACAUCCUUUCUAGUAACAAUGUAACCAUGCUCGCCCUAAUCCUGUGCAAUCUUGAACUGAUUUUGUGGUGUUUUUCUAUUUAACGUGUUGUAAGCACAAUGGGGCCUGUUUCAUUACCGUGGCACAGUUGUAGCAUAAAAGUGAGCUGUAAAACAUAGCCAAAUAGCAUAGCUGUUUUUUUUGUUUUUUUUUUGCUGCAAUUCUGCUACAAUCAUACAUUCCCAGUGUUUGGUGUUAUUUUUUUUGUUUAAAAAAAAAAAAAGGAAAAGAGAAAAUAUUGAAGUCUUGGUGCUAUUUUCACAUCCUGCCCUUUGAACAAAGAUCGUUAACCGAGGAUACUGGCGAUAAAGAUGGGCAAUUACUGAAGACUGGAAGACCACUCUAAAUAAUAAUUUUAAAUUUCUCAAUUACAUGUCUCUCGUAAGCAAAUGAAUCGAUGAAAUAAAAUGGAAAACAUUCAUAGAAAAA